GCCUUCCGGCGCUUGCCGGACAAGCAAAAUGCCGAGGCCCUGCGCAACUUCGUGGAGACCCAUUUUGAGGCUGAGGGGCAAGAGCUCGAGCCCUUCGUGCCGGCCGACCACCAGCCGAACCCGCCACAGCUGGCGAGACUGCCGGAUGAGGCCUUGCGGCAGUGGGCGAUGGCUCUUCAUCAGAUUUGGAAGGACCUUUGCCGAAAGCAGCGCCCUGCAGUCGCGGCAGCUGCACAGCGACACUCGGCCCUGCCACAGCGCUUCGCAAGCGUGGUUCCCGGCGGCAGAUUCCGCGAGACCUACUACUGGGACACUCGGCUA